CCAACUCUGUAUCCUGCCACUUACUUUCUCUUCUUUCUUUUUACGAUGCGUGAGGUAAUUACGUUGCAGCUUGGCCAGCAGAGCAAUUACCUGGCAAACCAUUUCUGGAAUACCCAAGAAUCUUACUUCACAUAUAGCGCCGAUGAGGAGUCGCCUAUUGAUCAUGAUGUGCAUUUUAGACCUGGCCUCGGGGCUGAUGGUACCGAGACAUUUAUGCCCAGAACUGUCAUAUAUGAUCUGAAAGGAGGGUUCGGAACCUUGAAGAAAUUAAAUGCUUUAUAUGAAGUGGAUGAUGAUCCGGCUUCGAGUAGUUUGUGGGCUGGCCAAACGGUGGUGCAUAGACAGCAGCCUAUUCAGGCCAGUUCAUAUCAAGAAAGCCUCGAUGCUGGCCAAGCACCUCCGGAACUUACUACAAGUACGGUUAGAUAUUGGUCGGAUUUCAAUCGGGUUUUCUACCAUCCCAAGUCUAUCAUUCAACUGAGUGAGUACGAACUCAACUCAACUGUUAUGCCCUUUGAGAAAUGGCAUAUGGGAGAAGAGCUCUUUGGUUCGCUCGAUAAGGAACAUGACUUGCUGGACCGGGAUCUACGUCCUUUCGUUGAAGAGGCGGAUCAAAUGCAAGGUCUUCAAGUCAUGACCGGUAUUGACGAUGCUUGGGGUGGUUUUGCUGCCAAGUAUAUGGAACGCCUCAGGGAUGAAUAUGGGAAGACCCCAAUAUGGGUUUUUGGGCUACAAGGGCCAUUUAGGGGCUUACCAAGGGAGAAGAGACUAUUGAAAUUGACCAACAAGGCACGAGCCUUGGCAGAGCUCAAUUCACAGGCAUCUCUAGUCGUUCCCCUUGCAUUGCCGGAGAGCUCCCUACCGCGAGCAAUUCAACUUGAUCCUUCGUCAUCUUGGCAUGUGUCUGCUCUUUUCGCUGCGGCUCUGGAGAGUACGACUCUUUAUACUCGAUUAAAAACGUCCGACCGCGUCUACUCUAGUAACUUCAGCAACAUGACUGACCUCCUGAACGUAUUUGGGAAGCAGACUAUUGCGAGCCUGGAGAUGAGUAUCUCUGAGGAACCAAAGCCCCAUCAAAAUGGUACAAAUGGUAUCGGUAACGGUUUGAAUGGACGGGGCGAAAACGUGCGUAGCUUGUAUGAGAAUGGCGUGGACGCAGACGAUGAGUCUGCGUCGGGUUCGCAGAAGGGCGCUGCGAGCUUGGAUAUCGACUUAUCGUCCCCUCAAGACCUUAACCUUGACCCGAACGGAAGGAGACGUCGAAAACGACAUAUUUUUAGCCAGGUGCUGGCUGAUAGAGGACCGAAGAGCCUAGACUCGGUCAACGACGAGGAAGAAUUAGAAGCAAGAGAUCGAGGCUUGUAUGCCAUGCGUCGUAGACCGAAAGUCCAUAACUAUCGGUCACGAGUUGCUUUCCCGAUUAUCGACAGCUAUCCUAGAAUAUUCCAGGACAUCUAUGGCCAUGCUGUGAAAGAUCACGUAUCCAUUCAAACAGCAUUAUCCACAGAUUCGACGGUUACGGACAAAGUGAAGGCUUUACGUAGCACCGUCGUCCGCUCUAUCGGGCUAGAGGACCGUGAGACAAUAGGUAACGAACUUGCUGAAAUCGCCGAUAGUUACAGAGAGGGCUGGUCAAGUGAUAGCGAUGAAGAUGAUGACGAGUGAGCGUCAACUCUCUCACAUACGCAAGGACAUCACUUAGUCCUAGUGGGUGACCAUCUUGUGGUACGACCAAACCUUUACUAGAGCGAUGAUCAUCAGUACGCGGCCAUUCCGAGAAUACUCCAUUCACAGUUUUUGCCCGAACCCUGUUACAUCGUCUUUAUGUCACCCCUAUACACACAAUCAAAGGACCCCCGCAGAUGGUCGGCGGCGUCAAAGAAUUGGGUUGCAGACAUGGCCUGCUCCAUCUCAGAC